AUGUAUCAACUUACCGAUGAUCUCGACGAUUCCCCGGAUCAAGAGACCCCUAUCAUCCGAGCCGCGGCCAAGCAGGACUCAGCUCUGCUGGAAGCCCUUUUGGUCCGUCAUGCAGCGGUAAGUGCAGAAAAUGAUAUGACCGAGCGGGAACGCCGUCGACUGCAAUACGUAGGGCCAAGUGGAGUCAUGCCCGUGCCUGCCUAUCUGUCGCCGAUCAUAUCUGCCACCAACGCCCAUGUGCCGCACAAUGUCCGUCUUCUCUUAGACGCAGGAGCAGAUCCAAAUGGCAUAGACCUCUUCAAUAUAAGAGACUAUUCAGUCCGGUAUAUCCGCGGCCGGCAUUUCAAAGACGACAUAAAUAGCUUUGCAACGUGCAAGCCUCGGGCCUUCGUCUUAGCAAAUGCGAAGCAGAAGGGGAUAAGUCACCAAAUAUGUCCCUUGACCCAAGAGGAACUUGAUGAACGGGCUCAUGGCUUUCCUCGUUUCUGGACGGAACCGAAUGUUCCUGGUCAGAGAAUGAGGAUGAACAGGGCAUUGACAGGGCUAGAAACCGCAGCCAGGGCUGGCAGUUUAGAAAUUCUUGAUAUGCUACGUGCGGCUGGUGCCGAUGACUCCGCAUGGAUGCAGGAAGUCUCGUUAGACGAGAAACAAUUUCAAGUUGUAGAUGCGGAUUGGUCAAUAUCAUAUUUGUCUACAUCGUCGCCUGUUCACGAGGCCAUUGCAGCAGGUCAGCAACCCAUGCUUCGACAUCUACUUUCUACCUGUGGUUAUUCGCCCAAUUAUCGCCCGUAUGCUGCACCGACCGUCGCUCUUCCACCGCUAUCUUACGCCAUUGCUCGAUGCGAUUUGAAUGAUUCUGGGGUACGGAAAUGUCUGGUCGAUCUUUUGUCCCACCCUCAGUUGGAUGCGAAUUUACGCACGCCAAUAUUUGGAGUCCAUCCUCUCCACUUCGCAACUGCGCAUCACGAUCCAGAGCUCCUAUCUUGGCUAGCAGCCUUUAUUCCUGGUGGAUACGGAUCUGCAGGUACCACGUCACUGGGGCACACUUUACUUCAUAUCGCUACACUUCCUUUGACAGCCCAUCAGAUUGUGACUCGCAAUCCGGAUGUAGCAAGGAGCAUUCACUGCGCUCGCACGUUGGAUUCAAAAUGGACAUCUCAUAGGCUGCCUAGUCCACUUCACAUGGACUUCUCUACCCCAGAGGAGGUUGCCCACUCAAAUAACCCAAUUCCCAUGACAGUGGCGCAACAGCAGGCACAGCAGGCCACCAUCAGUGUUUUGUUAGAUUGGGGAGGUAUCGAUGUCAGAGCAAAGGAUGUGGAUGGAAACACCGCUUUGCAUUACCUAGCAGGAACGUUGAACAUGAGUGAUAUUACACUUGCAAUGGUUCGGGCAAUGGAUGGCGGCGAAGAAGUAUGGCAAGAAUCAAAAAAUGGCUAUGGGGUAACUCCGAGGCAGAUGUGGGGAGAAUAA